GUAAUCGAAAGCUACCACCAUAACACCAAAAUCUCCGACCAAAAUUGGGGAACGACGAUGGCGACGACACUCCAGAAACUCUCCUCUCAAAUCCACCGCCUCUCUCCAUUCGUCAGAUCCCUAACCGUCCGCACCUCCGCCACAUCUGCUCCGUCUCCUUCUCUGGGAUCUAAGAAAGUCUCCGACCGAAUCGUCAAGCUUUCUGCGAUCGAUCCAGAUGGAUACAAGCAAGAUAUCAUUGGGCUCUCUGGCCAGACUCUCCUUCGUGCGCUCACUCACACUGGUCUGAUCGAUCCGGCGUCGCAUCGGUUAGACGAUAUCGAGGCUUGCUCUGCUGAGUGCGAGGUUCAGAUCGCUGAGGAAUGGCUCGAGAAGCUCCCGCCGCGUUCCUACGACGAGGAGUAUGUGCUCAAGCGUAGCUCAAGAUCCCGUGUUUUGAACAAGCAUUCUCGUCUUGGUUGCCAAGUUGUGUUAACGCAGGAGCUUCAAGGUAUGGUCGUCGCCGUCCCUGAAGCUAAGCCUUGGGACAUUCCGUAAGUUUUACUCUGAAGUCUCUCUCAUAAAUGAUGUUGGGUGUUCGUUCUCAAAUUGGCUAAUAAAAUCGCGUUGGAAAUUUCGCUACUCUGCAGAUAACUCCAUUUGAAUCUGUAAACUUCCUUUCCUUACUUUAAAUUUUGUUAUGUGGUAAACGAUCCCUGCUUUCAAGUACGGGUUGAUUUGCAAAUUGAAUGUUGCUUUCUUGAUUCCAUUUCUCGUUUGAUUA